AUGAGGGAGGAGGGGGGAGGCUGUACUCAGCCAAUGAAGGAGAAACACGGGCGGGGGGUGAGGUGUCCCCUCCAGUCAGACCUCACUGCUGCAGCAACAGUGAGGAGAAGAGAGAGGUCAGGCUGCAGGCCAAACGGGACUUGGAGACACCAACAGAGAGAAAAGACUCAGAGGAAAUGUUGAGCUGUUUUCUCAUGCUUUAGUCUAGUCUCCAUGCAGGACUCUUGUCUGGUCUAGUCACCCUCGCCGAGCUACAGAACAGAGGAGGACUCCCUGGUGUGGUUGCUUUCACCUGUGUGCACAAGUGUGUGUAUGUGUGUGUUUCUGGGCAUUUCAAGCAAGUAGAGCCAGGAGCACGGACCGAAGACUUGCUUUGGGACCGCAGCCAGAGCCUAUUCCCGCAUCCAGACGAAAACAUACCUCGCCUCCAUGAUCAAUUAUUCAUGUGUGUGAAAGUUCCUGUGGGUCAGGGCCAAGCCUAGGUGGCUGCUCUACUGACACUGCAACUGCUGCUGCUGCUGCUCUGAGACACCGAUGCCUGGACAUGGACGGACAGACAGAGAGAGAGAGUAAGACUGUAAGAGAUUGAGGAGGAGUGGAGGGCAAAACACAACAGCAGCAGAAGAGGAAAAGAGAAAAAGAGCCCAAGCAGCCAAAGUCGCAGAUUCCAGGAGGAGAGUUGUGUGUGUUGUAUGUCUUGGUUGAGAGUAUGAAGGCUUUGCAGAAGAACCAGGGGCGUACUGACCAGAUGCUGGGAGCCAUGGCAGACAUCCUGACAUCAUUAGCCAUCCCUAGUCAGCAAUGGCUUACAGAGGGAGGUGAAGGGGAAACCCCAGCGAGAGAGGCCCCCAUCCAGGGCCCUUGGGGACCGGUGGGGCUGGACUGGGACCAGGACCCCCCAGAAGUCUCGGGCAGGAGGGAGAGAACAGACUCCUACUCGGCAGGAGGCAGUGAGGGCAGCCUCUCCACCUCUGUGGCCUCUCUGCCCCCGGGGGCGUCUGCCAGCUCGGCCCCCAGCUCCCCGGGGUCCAGGCGCUCUGUCAGCACCCUGAAGAAGUGGCUGACCAACCCCGUUCGCAAGCUCAGCGCCGGGGCCACCAAGGGGGAGAGGCCGGGCGUCGGGAAGCCCCCGGCCGCGUCCCCCCGGAGCCACAGUCAGGACCUGGGCAGCCCCCCGGGGGCCGCCCACCAGCUCACCAUCCUCCCCCUGGCCCACAGAGACCUGGAGUUGAGAGAGGGCCUGGCCAGCCCAGAGGACCUGUCCCCUGCCACCCUGCACUCCCCCAGCUUUGUAACGGACUCCCUGAUGGGCUGCACCUCGCUGCCACUCACCCAGGACACUGAGUCCACCAAUGCGGUGCCAGAUGACAGCAGCUCUGCCCUGAUGGACGACACCUCCAGCCAGUCCUCUGAGGCGGCCUGCACAGAGGAGGACAGGAGGAGCGCCUUAGAGAAAAGCAUGUAUGUACUGAAGGAGCUGACGGAGACGGAGAAGCACUAUGUGUUAGAUCUGGGACUCAUCGUGGAGGGAUACAUGGCCACCUUGCACUCUAAAGGUGUACCAGACGAUAUGAAGGGAAAAGAUAAAAUUGUGUUUGGGAACAUUCACCAAAUAUUUGACUGGCAUAAAGACUACUUCCUGGGUGAGCUGGAGAAGUGUUUAGAAGAACCAGAGAGGCUGGCCCAACUUUUUAUCAAACAUGAGAGGCGUCUGCAGAUGUACGUGGUGUACUGUCAGAACAAGCCCAAGUCCGAGCACAUCGUCUCAGAGUACAUUGAGACAUACUUUGAGGAAGUGAGACAGCAGCUGGGCCACAGGCUGCAGAUUAAUGACCUCCUCAUCAAACCUGUCCAGAGGAUCAUGAAGUACCAGCUGCUGCUUAAGGACUUCCUCAAGUAUUACACCAAGGCUGGGAUGGACACUGAAGAGCUGGAGAAAGCGGUGGAAGUGAUGUGCUUCGUGCCAAAGCGCUGCAACGACAUGAUGAACGUGGGUCGGCUCCAAGGCUUCGAGGGGAAGAUCACAGCCCAAGGUAAGCUGCUCCAGCAGGAGACCUUCACCGUGAUGGAGCAGGAGAGCAGCCUGCUGUCCCGGGCCAGGGAGAGGCGGGUCUUCCUGUUUGAGCAGAUGGUCAUCUUCAGCGAGCCCAUCGACAGAAAGAAGGGCUUCUUACUGCCGGGCUACACCUUCAAGAACAGUAUUAAGGUGAGCUGCUUGGGGGUGGAGCCCAGCAAGGACGGCGACGCCGCCCGCUUUGUGCUGACGUCACGCAACCCAGACGGGAGCAUGGUGCGCUUCCAGCUGCAGGCGCCCUCCGCUGACAUCUGCCAGGCCUGGGUCGAUGAUGUGAACCAGAUCCUAGAGAGCCAGCGCAACUUCCUCAAUGCCUUGCAGUCUCCUAUUGAGUACCAGCGGCGGGAGAGCAAGUCCAACAGCCUGGGCCGAUGCAUCAGACCUCCACUGUCGGCCUCCGCCGGGCUCCGGCCACACUCCUCGGCCUCCAUCGACCGACACAAGCUGCCCUCCCUGCAGUCCCACAACGCCUCCCUCCCGACCCUCUACCUGGGAAGCCAGGCCCACGGCCCGGGCCACGGGCGCAGCGAGACAGGCUCACGCCGGGAGCCUCAUUUGGCCCAUCCCUGCCCUGCGGAGGGCCAGGCAGUCUGCCCCUCAAAUCUCCAGCUGGGCUUCACUGACACGCCUACCUGUCAGCUGGUCUCGAACGGACUCUGUGGAACAACAGUACAUGGUGUACAGAGGGCCGGGGAGGGGGGCCGCAGAGGGACCCCUGCUGAGGCUGCUGGCCACGGACCCGCACCGUUGUCCGGGCGACGCUCCAGCAACCUGACCCAGCUGGCCGAGGACGACCUAUGAGCUCUGAGGGCUCUUUAACCUGUGGUCGUGUGGUGGACACAGAGGACUCUGGCCGACCCUGGGUGUGGUGAUACUCAGGCCCCCCUGCCCGGUGGAGAAUGAAGGAUCACGUGAUGGACGGAUCGUCGUUACUAUGAACGGACCCUUUUUGGUUAAUUCCUUUUAAAAGAGCAGCUGGUUUUCUGGUGGCUCAACGUUGCCAUUGCAGCUGUGUAUGGACCGCACGCUGUUUGAGCUGCGUUGACACUAUCAACACAUACUCUGGAUAGUGUGUGCAUCCUUUCUGUCAGUUUCAGCUUUUACUUAUUUUGAGAAUGUCUAUCUUACUUUUUGUCUUUCAAGGGGCAAGGGGUAAAUUCGGUGUGAGAUGAAAAAACUAAAUCCAUUCCUGAUUGGGGCUGUCACUGGAGCUUUAUGUGUGCAUUUUUAAGUUGGUGUGUGAGUGUACAAUUCAUGUUUGUUUGUCUGUGUGUGUGCAUGGUUUAUUAUUUUGUGUACAGGUUCGGCAGUAGCUUAAUGUGCAAACAGUCAGAUCGGUUUGGCUGUCAACGCUAUCCAAUCGAUAGAACUCAUCAUGAAAUUCUUCGUCUCGUCACACUUGGACAUUUGCUUUAUGUCGAGCCAAACUAUUAAUUUCAAGGGUUAUCAUGUCAUUCCCUCCUCAUGCUGUUAGCCUGGUGUUUGCUGUUGGUUUACAAAGGAAUGCAAAAGGCCACACUCGACCUAAAGGAAGUCUGAAGGGCUGAACUCAUUUAAGUUUCAAGGGAAGAAACUUCCUCUGCUGCCUCGGUGUGAGAGAGACGCAAUACUCAGAUAUUCUGUUUGACUAAAGACUGGCUCGGGCCUAUUUGAUCUGCACCAAAUAAAAGGAACGAGGGAGGCCCCUGGAGGUUCUCUGGGGGUGUGGCAUCCAGCCCAGAAUAUGUCUACUCAUUGAGAAACUUCAAGCAAAGAUAGUGGACGGUCAAAAGCAAGCAGCUAUGCGGAUAACAAUCGGACAAGUCACGCGAAGAGAGGUGGGAAUAAGCCGCCCGUCUGAGCACAACACCGAUCAGCCCGAGGCCUAAUUAGAGGUUCUCCGAAAAGAAAGGCAUCGGCUCAAAACCUUUAGAUGAAGUUCAAUUCGUUUCUGUGGUCAUGUCAGAUGUUGUCACUUCAAGGUUAAUAUUUGGAGAAGGUCUCUCCGAUUUUCUUUUGUUAGUUUACCCCACAGCGUAGGCCUGCUAUGCUCCCCAUUUCAACCCCACGUAUAGGCUACACAGUUCCACUUUAUUCCAACGAAUACAGUUUAACGGAUUGUUCUGAAGGAUUCUGAAGGAUAAGUUAUCACUUAAAAAUCUCGAUUUUUUUAAUCCUUUGCAUGGUCUUGUUUCUUUCGACUAGUGCCAAAAACAAAGAGCAUGCUUUUCAAAAUGCACCGCGUUCACUCCAUUGUGCUUAUUGCCAGUAACGCAUGAUCACAUGUGGGUGUUAAGGACUUGUAAUGUCCACCGGAGUAGGCUGAACCGAAAGAAGAGAUGUGCUUUGUUAUUCUAUCAUUGUCAAUGUGUCUUUGUGGCCAGUAGAGGUCCCCAUAGGGCCGUCACUGGCUCAGCUUGACCUAUAAACACACGUCAUAAUACGAUGCUCUCAUCAUUAAAAAACUCAAAUGUUCUAAUCAAUGAACGCUACUACAAUAUACCAAAUAGAAAUAUUGACAUGAAGGUUUGUCAUAUUACAGAGCCUGCGUCCCCCUCUUAUUCGUUGCAUGUUUGAUAAAGGAACAAAAACGACAGGGAACCCUUACCGUUACCACAGAACCAUACUGACUAAAGACUGAGAAUGUUGGUUGUUGCCUUCGAGGAUCGUAGUAGAAUAUGUUGUAUUGUAUCAAAUAAAAAAACUUUUUUUAAAUGAAAUUAAAUGAGUUGAUUAAUUUUAAA